CCUCGUUGCGCUGCAUCGCUGACGGUCUUCAUCCCACUCGGUGACGCCAAUCCCAUCUGCCGUCGGCCCUGCGCGUUCCUUACCUUUCAGAUAGAUACACAUCCACCUUGAUCGUCUCUUCUUAGAAUCUUAUAUGGUGACAAGGUCCUCGAGAGACGUCACCUUAUCAUAACAACCAUGUGCAGCUCGGACAUGUUCCUUGGCGUCCUAGCCAUCUUCUUUCCCCCAGUGGCAGUAUGGAUCAAGAAAGGACUAUGCACCGCCGACUCUGUCAUUAACCUUGCCCUCUGUUGCCUGGGGUAUAUCCCCGGACUCCUCCAUGCCUGGUACGUAAUCAUUAGAAACCCAGAGCCCGACUACGACGAUCCCAACUACGAGCCGAUCCCACGGUCUGGGUCGCGGGACGACGUCGAAGGUGGCCGCGUGACCUACUACUACGUCUCGCACCAGUCCCCGCAGCUUCAACCCCAACGGGGUUAUGGCACCGUCGAAUCGCAGGGACCACCCGCACAACCUUCUCCCAAACCCCAAAAUCAGAACAGUGGUGGCAGCGAUGGUGGCGGCCAGGGCAGCAGCCAGGACAACAGUCACCACCAUGCCUCGGAUGAGGCGCGUCCUCCCCCAACGUAUGCGGAGGCGGUGCGGGGUGAUCAUAAGGUGCAGACCGACGAGUGAGUGCAGGGUAUGAUCAGAGUUGACCCGGGGGGGAGAGUGAUUGGGCCGUCUCUUUUCUCCGUGGGAUGGGCGGACCUCGUUCAUUGCCCCUCAUGUCUUUGCUCUUUUGGGAUAGUGGUGAUGGGCCAUGGGAGCGACCGGCGAUUGGCACAUGUGUAUACGAUAUCACAGCGGACGAGCUCAAUGGGUUUUGAUUUCGACGAGCUAUGGAUUUGACGACCCUGCAUAAUAUUGUCUCGGAUUUUGUAAUGAAUGUUUAGUGUAUUGAAUAUUUUUCGAGAGAUUUUCCCG